AAAAGAUGAUUGCGGAUCAUUUGUUUUUGGCAGCAAAUGUUUCUUGUAUACUUAAAUGCUUCCAAAAACAAAUAUAUUCCUUGUAUAUUAACACUUGGUUUACAUGGCCGAUCAAGAAAUUGUUCCUGUCCGCCGGAAACAUGCAAAAGACCCUUCUAUAGGAACACCAACAUACCAAAAGUUUGCAUUCUCAUUCCCUUGCUCUACUUCUGCACAAGACUUGAGAGCUUACGACACAGAGCAAGAAGACACGAGCAAGGAAGCCGUGAAAUAUGAGACGGAGACAGAGGCAGAAACGGAAGUGGUGAAAUAUGAGGAAAAACCCCCGAUAAAGAAAUGUGGUAGCAAGACCUCGUGGGGGUGGAGAAGAUUCGUGAAGCUUUGGAAGAAGAGCCCCAUCAAGAGAAUACCAGUGCCUAAAGCUGUCUCAAGAAGAUUAAGCAGAACUUCUAGGCAAAAUAGUUUUGACAUUGAUAGUAGCCCCUUCAAAUAUACUUGGAAAACUUUCACAUAUCCACAGCUCAAAACUGCAACCAACAACUUUAGCCCAGAGAACUUGAUUGGGAAAGGAGGUUACUCUGAAGUAUACAAAGGGUGUUUGGCAAAUGAGGAAUGUGUAGCAAUCAAGAGGCUGAACAAGGGAGUGCCAGAAGAGGAUGUGUUUAAUUUCUUAUCUGAGAUUGGAAUCAUUGCACAUCUUAAUCAUCCAAACACUGCAAGAAUGAUUGGAUAUGGAGUUGAAGGAGGAGCCUUUCUUGUUCUCCAAUUAUCACCAUUAGGAAGUUUGGGUGCAAUGCUUCAUCAUUCGGAUACAAAAUUGGAGUGGAGCAAGAGGUAUAAGAUAAUGCUAGGGGUAGCAGAAGGCCUACAUUAUCUACAUGAAUGUUGCGAGCGAAGAAUUAUUCACAGAGAUAUUAAAGUCGAUAACGUCCUUUUAUCCGAAGAUUUCGAGCCCCAGAUUUGUGAUUUUGGGCUCUCAAAAUGGUUACCUAAACAUUGGUCCCAUCACAAUGCCACCAAGUUUGAAGGCACAUUUGGAUACUUUGCUCCCGAGUAUUUUAUGCAUGGAAUCGUUGAUGAGAAAAUCGACAUAUUUUCAUUCGGUGUUCUACUUUUAGAGCUCAUAACCGGGCGUCAAGCAAUAGAUGAGUCCAAGAACAGCCUUGUGCUUUGGGCAAAACCAUUGCUGGAUGAGAAUGCAGUUGAGGAGCUAGUUGACCCAAAUUUGGAAAAUGAGUAUGUUGGAGAGCAAAUGGGUUGGGUGAUUUCGACUGCCAAUUUGUGCAUUCAGCAAAGUCCAGUUCUUAGGCCUCAAAUGCACCAGGUGAUUGAACUAUUAAGAGGGGAAAGUAAUGAAAAACGAGGGAGCCCGAAAGGAAAGAAGAAGCAGUCGCAUCAGAGAACUUACUCUGAAGAACUUUCUUAUGUAGAUGAGUACAACUCAACUAAGUGUUUGAUUCGUCCUAAUAAUAAACAUGAUAAUUUCCAAUGACAACCUAUAGCCAUAGAUUCAU